AUGGAUCCAAGUUUAGUUCUAGAGCAAACAAUACAAGAUGUGUCAAAUCUUCCAUUCGAGUUUCGUUAUCUUCUAGAAGAGAUCGGUUCAAAUGAUUUGAAGUUCAACGAAGAAAAAAAGAGAUGCGAACAAAAAGAAUCACAGAUACACAAAUUUAUAAGGCAACAAGGUUCUAUACCAAAGCACCCACAGGAGGAUGAACUUGACGAAGAAAUAAAAGAGUCACUUUUGGAAUGUCAGUUCUUGCAAGGUAAAAAAUGUGUUUUGGCGAAUACUGCCCUCUUUCUUAUUGCUAGACAUUUGAAUAAGUUAGAAAGCAAUAUAGCUUUAUUGGAAGAAGAUGGCGUACUAGCUCCUGUGGAAGAAGACGGAGACGUCGAUAGUGCCGCUGAGGCUUCUAGGGAGAGCUCAGUGAUGAGCAGCGGUAGUGUAAAAAAGAAGAGAGCUGCAUCCAGUUCAGGAUCUGUGCCACCGGCUUUGAAAAAGAAAAAAACUAAUCGUACAUCUAAACUGCAAAAUGAAAUAGAUGUUUCCCCAAGAGAAAAAUCUGCCAUUCCAGUGAGUCCAAGCCUUGAAAACAAAGUCGCAAGGACAAAAGAAUUCAAAAACAAUAGAAAUGGGAAGGGCCAAAACGGUUCACUUGAAAAUGAGGAUGAAGAUAAAACUUUAUACUGUUUCUGCCAAAGGGUGUCAUUUGGGGAAAUGGUUGCUUGUGAUGGUCCCAAUUGUAAAUAUGAGUGGUUUCAUUAUGAUUGUGUAGACUUAAGAGAACCUCCAAAGGGAACGUGGUAUUGUCCUGAAUGCAAAAUCGAGACAGAAAAAAACAAACUGAAAAGAAAACGCAACUAA